AAGUGUCAGUGAUCUAUGAACAGCCAGGGUAAGCCAGGCUCAAAGGAGAUAACGUAUCUGGGGCAGAUACUCCCCCCUCACACAACCCUUUCUCCUUGGGCCAGGAUAUCUUCUUUUACACCACCACAGCCCCGGCGGGAGCAGAGGCCAUUAGGCACGCUCGAGAAGCAGCAGCUCGAGUCGGGCGUUGCCAAGCAACGACGCACAGCGUUUCCCACCCGCCCGAGAAGAUGGCGCGUCGAUGAAGAGGCGCAUGCGCGUUCUGGGAUCCGGGCGGAAGCACGAACGAGUGCGCAAAGGUGCUGGAGGCAAUUGGACCCGAGAGGGCGGUUUGCCCUUGACCGUAGGACUCUUCUCAGAGAGAUGACCCAGAACAGGCGUAGCAAAGGACCUGGCACUUCCCAGGCACAGUACAUGGAUGUAGAUGAAGACUACCCAUUGACACAAACUCAGACACCUAGCCAGGUGCAACGCAACUUGGAACGCCACCCACAGAGUCAAGUGCAACAUAAAGUGAAUGAGCUGGUGCAGUUUUUGCUGGUCAAAGACCAGAAGAAGAUCCCUAUUAAACGGGCUGAUAUUCUGAAACAUGUGGUCAAGGACUACAAAGAUGUCUAUCCUGAGAUCCUCAGACGUGCCAACCAGACCCUUCAGCAGGUAUUUGGGAUGGAGUUGGUGGAAAUUGAUCCAAAACUUCACACCUACAUCAUAAUCAGCAAUUUGCCACCACUGGAAGGGGACUGCAUCAAAGAGGAUGAGAACCACAAGAUGGGUCUCCUCAUCAUAAUUCUCAGUCUGAUUUUCAUGAAGGGCAAUGUGGUCAAAGAUUCUGCUGUUUGGGAGAUGCUGAGGAGGCUGCGAAUCGAUUGCUCUGGGGAAAAGCACAAGAUUUUUGGUGAUGUGAAGAAGCUAGUAACAGAGGAAUUUGUCAGGCAAAAGUAUCUGGAAUAUACUCGUCUUCCACACACAGACCCACCAGAGUUUGAGUUCAGAUGGGGACCACGAGCUGCUAAAGAGACUUCAAAGAAGCAGAUCCUACAGUUUAUUGCCAAGAUACAGAACAAGAACCCCAAGACUUGGAUAAGCCAGUACAAUGAAGCUGAAGCUGAGACUAAUGCUGCAGCACGACAGUAGCCUGCAGGGAGCCAUCAAACCCCUUGCAUGGGAUUGUGUCUACAGUUACCCACUGUCUGAUGCUGGGAGAGGUGCCUUCAGUUUCACUCUAUAGGAGCUGGGUUUCCUAUAAAGUGAUCUAUGCACCUUAACAGGCUUCCCCAUAAUAGACUGGCAAUGAAAGGGUAAAAGAGAUUUUUUGUUAAGCCUGUGUGACUAAGCAGUGCUCAAGUUAUGGUGCUUUCUGGAUGGCUUGUUAUUGGUGAGAAUAUGGAACAAAGGAAAAAUAUACUAUUCAGAUAUAGAACUGCUUUGUAUUAAAAUAUUGCAAUAAUAUGGAGGGCACACAUUAUAGAGGAUGUGUACCUCUAUUAAAAUCAAAUAAAAAUAAGGGGCAUGGUCCAGCCCGAGUUAAUCAUAUUGUCAUCUUGAUUGAUCUUAAUGAGAGAGAUAACCACAUGCUUUAAAUCUCUCUUAUAGAAAUCAAUGGGCCUUAAAAGUGCUUAACUUUUUCAGGAUCUCUUCCCCCCCCCCCCUUUUGAUUUACUAGUCUUUUCUUUGACAGUCUGAGAAAUGGACCAAAGCUGGGGAAGUGUAGAUAGUGGGGAGAAAAAUACAUUCUAUGAACCUGUCCAGGCAUUGAGGCUAACUUCAGAUGUCCUGCUUUGUCUCUGACAUCAGAAAUGCAGCAGAUGGGCAUGAGGGACAAGGCAUUCUCUAUGCCAAGGUUAUAGUAUGCCUUCUCAAAAGAGGUCCACCUCUGCUUACCUUUCACCAAGCUUUUUUGGGUGCUGCAUUUUGGCAGUAUCCUGCUGUCUGUUUUUAAAGGUUUUUUGUAUCACUGGCAUUCUAAUGUUGCUUGUGGUAUAAAUAAAUAAAUAUAGUCUAAAUGUA